GGCUUACUUUAACGUACUGAGUACCUACUGACAGUACACAGAACACUUUUACUCCAACGAGGACUAGUGGUUAAAUUCUCUAUAAUCUAAAAGUUAAAUCGCAUACGCCAUCAAGCCAAACAAAUGAAAAAAUAAUAUUUCAUAGACUUUAGUUAUUACUUAUUGGUAAAAGUUACAGCUUCAAGGUUGCAGACAGUAUUUUUUAAGUUUUUGCCUUUAAUUUCCGCACUGCCAAAUGAAUACUAAUGAUAUAAUAAUGGAUGAAGAAGAAUUGAACAACGAAACAAUAGUGUUAAAUUCUUGGACAAAAGAGGAAAAAUUUUAUUUGUACCAAGCACUUAUCCAAUAUGGUUCAGAAGAUAUAGAACAGAUAAGUAAUUUAAUGCCAACAAAAAGUGAUAAAGAAAUAGAAGCCGCAUUAAGUUAUUACAGAAAGAAAGCUUCAUUAAUUCCUGUCAUUCAACCAAAAAAAGCACCUAAGAAAAAAGUAGAAUCGAAUUCAUCAAUUCCAUUAGCAAAUUGGGCUAAAUUACUUUUAGAGUCUAAAACUUAUGAAGAACUAAACACUGAUAUAGCAUUUGCAUUAAGAUUGAUUGCUGACUUUGAAGAGAAACCUUUUUCACGAGAAAUAAACAUUAGGACUAUUUAUUACACAUUGGCAAAUGCAUUGGAAGGUAAAUCAGUUAAAAUGGACAAGAUAACAAAAUCAGUUAUUGAGCAAUGUAUGCUUGAUUCAUCUGUUGCGAGUAAUACAUUUGUGAAGCCCUUCCAAUUAAGAACCAUUUUAGAAAAUAUUCGUAUUGAUGAAAAUGUUUCAAACAGCCUUAGAAAAAUUUCAGAAUGCCAUGAUGAGGCAAAUAUUCAAUAUUUAAUAAGCCAAAAGGCGUAUAAUCCAUUUAAUUUCUCCCAAAACAUUUUGAAAAAUUCGUAGUGUUAUUGAAAGCCAACUCUAUGAAAAUAAAUCACAUGUAUUGUUCCAGUAAAUAUAUCUCGGAUUUGAAAUGGACUGUGACAUGUUGUGAGGGGCUAAAUGCGUCUUUCAAUUAUUAGUGGUUGAGUGAAAUAACAUAUACUACUAAAAUGUGUAAUUAAUAAAGAUCAUAUAAGUUCAACUA